AUGACCGCAGCACUGCCGUUGACACGAGGGGCAUUAAUCAUCCAAGGCCCCAACACUCUCCGCUGGUUGACCAGUGUCGCCAUUCCGGAAAUCACGGCAGACGAGAUACUGGUACAAACCAAGGCCGUGGCACUGAACCCAUCCGAUUGGAAAAUGGUCGCUAAUGCAACAGUGACGCCAGGUCCAAUCAGUGGUGGUGAUUUUGCCGGCGUCGUCGUCAAGAGAGGAAAUGAUGUUGGCGGAAUUGAAGUCGGAGACCGUGUCUUUGCCUACGUUUUUGGGGCCAACCCAGCCCAUCCCUCCCACGGCGCAUUUGCAGAAUAUGUGGCCACCUGCCCAGACCUGUGCUUUCGAAUGCCGCCGUUCAUGAGCUUUGAAACGGGCGCUUCCCUCGGAUUAGGGUUGAUGACGGUGGGCUUGGUGUUCAAAUCCUUCGGGUUACGCCCCUUUGAGCCACCGAGCCCUAAUUCGCGGACGAAGCCGUACGUCCUUGUCUACGGAGGCUCGACGGCCACGGGAACUUUAGCGAUUCAGCUGUUCAAGCAUCAUGGCUUUGUUCCCGUCAGCACCUGCUCGCCGAGAAAUUUCGAACUGGUGCAGAGACUGGGGGCGGAGGCUGUUUUUGACUAUGCGUCUCCCACAUGCAAAGAGGAUAUUCGCGCAUACACCAAGGGGGAACUAGAGUAUGCGAUGGACGCCAUCGCCGAUUCUCGGGCGACGACGAUCUGUUACGGUGCCAUCGGCGAAUCUGGGGGUCGGUACACAGCCCUGGAGUCAUAUCCGGAGAGAUUGAGGGGUCGCAGGAAGAAGGUCAAGCCAGACUGGGUCCUCUGUCCCACCAUCUUCGGCGAACGGAUCGACCUGGCCGGAUCUUACCAGCGCGUGGCCCAACCGGAGGAUCGCGAAUUUGCCAUUCGCUGGGCAGCCCACUGUACGGCUCUUCUGGAGACGGGGAAAUUGCAGGCUCAUCCAAUCCAGGUGCAGCCGGGGGGUCUACAAAGAGUCGCUAACGGCUUAGACCUUCUCCGGAAAAAGCAGGUCUCGGGGAAGAAGCUUGUCUAUCCGCUGUCAUGA